CGGUCUGACGCCAUAAUCGCGCGCCGCUGCCGGCGUCCUCGAAAGGUCGCUUUGAAAAACGGGAGCGCGCAUACCCGAAUUUGACGGCGCGCCGUGUCCUUUUGCCUUGGUACCCGCGACAUGUCGGGGUACACGCCAGAUGAGAAACUGCGGCUGCAGCAGCUGCGAGAGCUGAGAAGGCGAUGGCUGAAGGACCAGGAGCUGAGCCCUCGGGAGCCGGUGCUGCCCCCUCGGAGGAUGUGGCCUAUGGAGGCAUUCUGGAAUAAGUUUUUGCAGAAGCCCACCCCCUGGAGGAACAUGGUUUAUAAGGUAUACCGAAAAAGUAUCUUUAUUUUUACCUAUGUACUUAUACCAACCUGGAUUGUUCAUUAUUAUGUCAAGUAUCAUGUGUCGACAAAACCAUAUGCCAUUGUUGAAAGGAAGCCCAGAAUAUUCCCAGGUGAUACAAUUGUGGAGACAGGAGAAGUAAUUCCACCAAUGAAAGAAUUCCCUGAUCAACAUCAUUGAAGACUACUUAAAAAUUUCAAAAGCUUAUGAGCUCAAAUGUAUUACCAUAUUACCAAAUUUACUGAAUGUAUUUUCUGGAAAAGUAACUUUAAUAAAGUUUACUCUAAGAAUGUGU